AUGCACUUAUUCCCGUCUCAUCGCUCUUAUCCUUCUUAUCCUUCUCUUCCGCCCCUUCCACCCAUUUCCCCCUUUUCCACCCCUUCCCACCCGCGACGCCCCCACCCUCUCCCUCUUUUCCUCUCUUCGUCUCCUCACCCACCCACAUCCCCUCUUCCCAUUGACCCGCAGGGUGUGACAGUGGUACAGCGAACCAAGGAGCUUGAAGAUCAGCAGGCCAAGAGCCGCGUGUGGAACGAGACGUGGCUUGCGUUCUUCUUCUACAAGCCAUGCAACUACGAGCUCUUUGUGCGACAGUCCCUCAACAUGGAGAUGGCCAUCGUCUUCGCCAGGGUGUUGGGAGUGGAUUGGAUAUUCCACGUGGAUACGGACGAGCUGCUCUACCCUGCAGGCACAGCGGAUUUCUCCCUCCAGCGCCUCAUCCACGACCUUCCCAGCGACGUGGACCUUAUUGUGUUCCCAAACUACGAGAGCGUGGUGGAAACAGCUGAUGUGGGAGACUCAUUCACUGAGGUUUCACUGUUCAAGAAGAACUACGACCAUGUUACAAGAGAAGCUUAUUUUGCACACUACAGGGAUGCAGCACAUGGAAACCCCAACUACUUUCUGACCUACGGCAACGGCAAGUCAGGGGCAAAGAUGCAGGCUCAUUUGCGACCCAAUGGGGCGCACCGAUGGCACAACUACAUGAAGGUGCCCAAGGAGGUGAAGCUCAUGGAGGCAGCAGUGCUGCAUUUCACAUACACUCACUUCUCUGACCUCACCUCUCGGAGGGACCGCUGCGGGUGCAAGCCCAACUCGGAGGACGUGAAGAAAUGCUUUAUGCUCGACUUUGACCGCCUGGCUUUUAUCAUAGCAUCCACACAGACAGAGGAGCAGAUGUUCCAGUGGUAUAAGGACCACGUGGUGUGGUCAGACCGUGACAUGAUAGAGAAGCUGCUUAAAAAGGGGAUAUUCGGUCGCAUCCACACACCCCAGCUGAUUCUCCGCAGCAUAUACGCCACAGGCAUCAUCAAUCGCACGCUGGAGGCAGCAGCAUAA